UUCUCUUUCCACUUUGAUUGAUAUUUAAUUCAUCACCGUGAUGCCAGUGCGAUCAUCUCACCCGAUUCGCGCCAGAACGCUUGUCCGCAGCAACUUGGAGAAGGCAUCCGUUAUCAGCAACAGCAUCGCCAGCAGCCAGGUCUGCGGCAGCAAUCUCGUGCCUAGUUUGUCAUCGGCAGCACACAGCACCAGAAGCAGCAGCGGCAGCAACAGCAACGACAGCGGCAGUGAUAGCAAGCAGCCUACCGAUAGCAUCGCCGUUCCUAGUGUUGAUCCUCACCAAAUUCUACAGUCGAGAAUGCCAAACAUUAAGGUGUUUUCCGGUUCAUCCCAUCCGGAUCUUGCUUCCCGCAUUGUCGACCGGCUCGGUAUCGAUCUCGGGAAGGUAGUGACGAAAAAGUUUAGCAACUUGGAGACCUGUGUUGAAAUCGGAGAAUCCGUAAGAGGCGAAGAUGUGUACAUCGUCCAAUCCGGUUCCGGGGAAAUCAACGAUAACCUGAUGGAGCUGCUGAUUAUGAUCAAUGCGUGCAAGAUAGCGUCGGCUUCCCGUGUGACUGCUGUCAUACCAUGCUUUCCUUAUGCACGACAGGAUAAGAAAGAUAAGACAGGCGACGAUAAGCUGGCAGAGCUCAUGAAAACCAAUGAGUGGAAGUUCCGGAGCCGUGCACCGAUUUCCGCCAAAUUGGUAGCAAACAUGCUUUCUGUUGCUGGAGCAGAUCAUAUCAUUACAAUGGAUUUGCACGCUUCACAAAUUCAGGGCUUCUUCGACAUACCGGUCGACAAUUUGUACGCCGAGCCGGCAGUAUUGAAAUGGAUCCGAGAGAAUAUUGCCGAGUGGCGAAACUCGAUCAUUGUAUCACCGGACGCCGGCGGUGCAAAGCGCGUUACUUCGAUUGCCGACCGUUUGAACGUCGAGUUUGCCUUGAUCCACAAGGAGCGUAAGAAGGCAAACGAGGUCGCCUCGAUGGUGCUGGUCGGUGACGUGAAAGAUCGGGUGGCAAUCCUGGUGGACGAUAUGGCCGACACGUGUGGCACGAUUUGCCACGCGGCUGAUAAGCUGGUAGAGGCUGGUGCGACGAAAGUUUACGCUAUAUUAACGCACGGCAUCUUCAGUGGGCCGGCCAUCUCGAGGAUAAACAAUGCCUGUUUUGAGGCAGUCGUUGUGACUAACACUAUUCCGCAGGAUGGCCACAUGAAAGAUUGUCCUAAAAUUCAGUGUAUCGACGUUUCGAUGAUGUUUGCCGAGGCUGUCCGUCGAACACAUAACGGUGAAAGUGUGUCAUAUCUGUUUUCAAAUGUUCCUUACUAAGCUGCAGCU